AUGAUGAUGGGAACAGCUUCUGGGACUGGUGAUCUACAGCGACCUAAGGAGGCCGUUAAGUUUGUUGAGGACAUGACUGAAGCUGAGGCCGCACAACAAGUCGGCGCUACUCCUGCUGGUCUACAGAAUCUGGGAAACACCUGCUACAUGAACUCGGCGUUACAAACACUACGGGCUGUUCCAGAAUUGCAACAAGAACUGUCCAGAUACACUGCUGCGCCAACUCCUGGUGGCGGCGCUGGUUCAUCUGCCCUUGGAGACCUUAGCAUGUUUGGACUCGGUGGCCUUGGAGCUUCUGCAGAUUUGACUGCAGCUCUGAGAGAUCUGUAUACGCAGAUGGGUCAAACUCAAGAAGGUUUCCCGCCAUUGGCAUUCUUGAACGCCCUCAGAACCGCUUUCCCACAAUUCGCCCAGAAGUCAAAGACUGGUCAUGGCUAUGCGCAACAAGACGCCGAAGAAGCUUGGUCGCAGAUUGUCCAGCAGUUACGACAGCAGCUCAGGAUUAAGGGCAAGGGUGAUGGUGACGAGGAUACAACUUUUGUUGACAAAUACAUGGCAGGACGAUUCUCGUCUGUCACCGAAUGUGAUGAGCAAGCUGCGAAAGACCUCGGCGAAGAGCCUGUGAACGGUGAAGAUGUUUUCCUGAAGUUGGACUGCCACAUCAGCGGUACAACGAACCAUCUCCGGGAUGGUAUUUUGGCUGGUCUGGAGGAGAAGAUUGAGAAGAACUCGAGCGUUCUUGACCGAGAUGCGAUUUACACCAAGAAAUCGAAGGUCGCACGACUACCCAAGUAUCUUACAGUGCACUUUGUUCGGUUUUUCUGGAAGCGCGAAGCGCAGAAGAAAGCGAAGAUUAUGCGAAAGGUCACCUUCCCAGAUGAGCUGGAUGUGGUUGAGUUUUGCACAGACGAGCUCAAGGCAAUGUUAAUCCCAGUACGAGACAAGGUUCGUGAGGUGCGAAAAGACGAAGAGGAUAUCGAGCGGGCCCGCAAACGCCAAAAGAAGAUCCAUGACAAGGCUGUCGCAGAUGAAGCUGCAGGCAUUGUUGAUUCUGUGUCCGAAUCAAAGAAGGCCGACGAUAAGAAGACCGACGAUAAGAAGAAAGACGACAAGAAGGAUAGCAAAGAUGCAACUGGAGAUGUUGCGAUGGAAGAUGUCGUUUAUAAGACCGACGCCGAGAUCGACGCUGAGAAGGCCGCAGCUAUUCUUGAGGCCAAGAAGGAACUUCACGCUUUGAUCAAUCCCGAAUUAUUGAAGGAUGAAGGAGCAAACACGUCCGGUCUCUACGAACUUCGCGGUAUUGUCACUCAUCAAGGUGCCAGCGCAGAUAGUGGCCAUUACACUUCUUAUGUCAAGAAGCAAGGUCCCCUUGACCCUAAGACUGGAAAGCGCGGCGAGGAGGACGGAAAGUGGUGGUGGUUCAAUGACGAUAAGGUUUCCGAGGUUGAGGCAGAAAAGAUUGUCACUCUCUCAGGAGGUGGAGAAUCCCAUUCUGCUUUGAUUCUUCUCUAUAGAGCUAUUCCUUUGCCAUCCGCGGAGGGCACUUCCGAAUAA